AUGAUUCAAGUAGAAAACUCAAUGGCGCAUCUUUUACAAAAAAGAUUAUCAACGUUUUCUCACACCCGAUAUAUUAUAUUUCUCAUUUUUGAUACAGAAGAUAUCACCUAUUUAAAUUGGUUGAAGCGUACGAAGAUUUUUAUUGAACAAACUUAUUGUGAAAUUCGAACUUCAAAUGAAUUGAUUCAUUCAGUAAAAAACAUUCCUCAUAUUGAACAAAAUAUUCUUAAUCAAUGGCAAACUGUUGCUAUAGUAUUGGAACAACGUAUUCAUGAAAUAAAAUGCAUUCGUAAUCGUUUACAAGAUCAAAUUAAUGAAAUUAAUGAAAAUAUUUUAAAUACAGAUAAAACAAUUGAAUUUUUGAAAAAAACAAUUCAAGAUAAAGAAAUUUUUAUUAAUAUAAUUCAAUGUCGAAUAUCUUUUCUUUCUAUGAGACCAGUAUUAGAAAAUAUAAAUGAUCGUGAAUAUUCAAAACUUUCUCAAGAAUUUAAUAAUUUGCAAUAUUCAAUUGAUAAUUUACAAAAAAAUUUAUUUGAAGAAGAAUAUGCUUUACAACAUUUAUUUCGUCUUAAAACAACGAUUGAAGAAAAUUUAGCUAUUAAAAAUAAUUCAUUAUUUAUUGAUGAACAAAAAGUUAUUGGUUUACGACGUACUUUUUCAUUCACUUCAUAA